UUGGCUUCCUCGGACCCCAAACAGAAUUUCGAUAUGAGGAAGCCAAUGUUCUGGGGAUUUCUGCUUCCCUUGGUUAUCAUGCUGUUCUUCAACAUGGCAAUAUUGCUGCAUUUCGCUCAGAACACCUGCAAGACCGUCCCUAAUUUAGUCCGUUUGCGUCAAACUCCUUUAAAGAAGAAGUUUCUGAGUAUUUUUUCUAUGGCUGUGAUGCUUGGUCUAUCGUGGGUCACUGGUUACAUUUUGCUUAUCACCCAAGAUCCAACUCUUCACCUCAUCCUGAGCAUAGUUUUUUGUGUCUGCAACACAACACAGGGCAUACAAAUAUUUAUUUUAUUCACUCUGAGAUCCGCAAUAAAAUCAAAUCCAGCCAUUCUCAAUGCCAUGAAUGCACCCAACAUUGGCAUUCACAGGAAAGUGUUCUUCGUAUGGAAAGUUAAGGCAGAAGAAAACAUUGAAAUCUACAGACCCACUGAUCCUGACUCCGCUGAGAUGCCCCAGGUCAUCGCUGAGCUGAAGUAGAUCAUUGGAGGCUGUGGCUGUGCUGAUCACAUCAGUGUAAAGGCACAACAUGAAGUGAAUCUCAUGGUAAAUGGAUGCUGAGAAAGGGGGAUACCAACUUGAAUUAUGGUGGAUGCAUGUAUGAUGGGUGUGAUUAUUUUAGAAAUUCUGUUAAGAUUUAAUUUAGUAU